GGGCAAUUUUUUUCCCCAAAUUAUUUUUAAAAACCGUUAAAAAAUUGAAGAAUCCGAAACGAGAAGUUGUUUUAGGCUCGGAUCAAGUAGACCAAUCGAAUUGAAGGUGGUGUUGGAGAGGGAUACGGAUACAUUUGUUUCGGCGAGAACCGGUGAAGUGCUACUGUGCGAGCCUAUUAUCCUCUACUUUCAUCAAAAUCACAUGGCGUCUGCAACCACCGUCGCCUCAACCCCACAGCUAGGAAACUGCCGCUUCCUUUCUCGCCGCAAAACUCCUGCCUUUUCCUCUCUCUCCUUCUGCAAAGUAAACUCAUUUGCAAAUCAUGUUGGACCUCUUAUUACAUCACGGCCACAUGAGACUAGGAAACAGUCCUGGUCCCUAAGGUUGAAUGGUUUAUUUGGAGGAAAAAAGGAGAAUAAUGAUAAGGGUGAUGAGAAACCACCAUCAAAGGCAGGAUUACUGGGAAAUAUGCAAAACUUGUAUGAAACUGUGAAGAAGGCACAAAUGGUCGUCCAAGUUGAGGCUGUUCGCGUGCAGAAAGAACUCGCUGCAGCUGAGUUUGAUGGCUUUUGCGAAGAUGAACUAAUAAAGGCAACACUUUCUGGUAACCAACAACCUGUGAGAAUUGAGAUAACUGAGGCUGCAAUGGAACUAGGAGCUGAAAAACUGUCUCUUCUGAUCACUGAAGCCUAUAAAGAUGCACAUCAGAAGAGUGUCAAGGCGAUGAAGGAAAGAAUGAGCAAUCUUGCCCAAAGUUUAGGACUGCCACCAAACCUCAACGAGGAGUUGAAGUGAAGUGAUAUGUGUUUAGACUAUAGUGGCUUCAAUUUUGUAUUCGAGCUUUGCAUAAAUUAGCUAUUUCAUAACGUUUUAGCCUUUUUGGGACAUUGGUUCUUUGUAAACAUUUUAAACUUUUCCUACAAAUGUUGAAGAGCACAGAUAUUUCCUUAUAGCAAUGUGAAACUCAUUAUCAAAUCAA